AACUUUUCUCAAAGCCAGAUCAUAUAUUCAUAAAACCAUCCAAAUAUAUAUCCUCUCUCUCUCUUAAAACAGACGCGCAGGCCACCAAACUCAACAGAACUACACCAGCAGAAGGCCACAACCUCCAGUUCCAGAGAGAGAAAUCUAAAGGAAUAUACUUAUACACAAAUAGAGCACAUAUACUAUAUAUAUAUAUAUAUAGAGAGAGAGAGAGAGAGAGAGAGAGAGAGUCCUGCGCGCGCGCGUAUAUUUGAAGGCUUGAAGAAUCUAAUUCAAUCACGACAAUAUCAACAUUCCUCCUAAUAUGUAAUAUUCAGGCGCAUAAUGCCAAUAAACUGCAGAGCUAACUGUUCUAGAAACGGCAUCGGUUAAUCCAACUAGCUCCGCAUUGUUCGAGAUUUGGAUUCGUAUUCGAGUAUUUGAAGUCUAAUUGGAAGUUGGUUUUGAGUUCGGAUUGGAGGAUAUUAUAUAGAGAAUUUCAGAAUCGACUGAAGACGGCGGAGCGGCGGAGCAAUGGAUGACAGAGGAGGAGAAGGAGGAUCGUUUGUGGCGGUGCGGCGAAUUUCUCAAGGACUCGAUCGAGGAAGUGCCUGUCAUUCUACUGGAUCUGCUGCAUGGCUAGGCAGAGGCCUUUCAUGUGUCUGCGCUCAAAGAAGAGAUUUUGAAGAUCACCCAUCAUUUGAGUUGACGCCUGCACAGGAAGAAUGUCUACACAGGCUACAGAACCGGAUAGAUAUUGGUUAUGAUAGUUCUAUUCCCGAGCACCAGGAAGCUCUAAAGGCAUUGUGGCAUGCUGCCUUUCCUGGGGAGCAACUAUACGGUUUAAUAUCAGAACAAUGGAAGGAAAUGGGUUGGCAGGGGAAAGAUCCAUCGACAGAUUUUAGGGGUGGUGGUUUCAUAUCAUUGGAAAAUUUGUUAUACUUUGCAAGGAAUUUUCCGACAUCUUUUCAGGAUCUUCUUCAGAAGAAAGAGGGUAACCGGGCAAUGUGGGAAUACCCCUUCGCUGUAGCUGGUGUCAACAUCACAUUCAUGCUUAUUCAGAUGCUUGAUUUUGAAGCAGUAAAGCCCAGAACACUUGUGGGAGCAACCUUCUUGAAGUUGCUUACAGAUAAUGAAUCAGCUUUUGACCUUCUAUAUUGUAUCACGUUCAAGCUAAUGGACCAUAAAUGGCUCGACAUGCAUGCUUCGUACAUGGAUUUCAAUACUGUGAUGAAAGCUACUCGCCAUCAGCUGGAGAGGGAGCUUCUCCAGGAAGACAUUGUACGCCUUGAAGACCUGCCUUCAUAUAGCCUUCUUAGUCGGUAACGAAGCAUCCAUCUUCCACGUUUUUUGAAGGUAUGAGUCGAUAUAUCCAGCACCAGGAAAUGCUAGUUUGCUGGAUAAAUCCCAAUUUUGGUGCUUCCUACUAAAUAGAUAGUUUUGCUGAUCGGAUUCGAGUGGUGGCGCACCAGUACCAGAAUUUAUGUGUUUGUUGUGUUUGCUUUCUUACCUUUUGACUAGUUUGUCGUAUGGAGGGAAGGGAAGGGGGGGAAAAGACUCUUAGCCAGUGAUGCUAAAGCAUGCUUAUUAAUGCUCUUCAUUGCUGUGAGCUUUUCAUAGCAAAUUUGCAGGCAUGCAUUUUCUGUUAAUCUAUGUGAAUCAAUCUUUAAUGACACAGAUAUAUGAAUAGUUUAGUGCAAUUUACUUCA